CCGGCCCCCCACGUGACCGCGCGGCUGCGGCCCGCCCCCCGCGGAAGGACUAAAGGAUUAUGGCACAGGCCCAGGGUUUGGGGAAGAAAUACAUUAAAGCCUUUUUAAAAGGUUUCUUUGUUGCCGUUCCUGUAACUGUGACUUUCCUGGAUAGAGUUGCCUGCGUCGCAAGAGUGGAAGGAGCAUCAAUGCAGCCUUCUUUGAAUCCUGGGGGAAGACAAGCAUCUGAUGUAGUGCUCUUAAACCACUGGAGCAUUCGAAAUUAUGAUGUACAACGCGGGGACAUCGUGUCACUGGUGUCUCCUAGAAAUCCUGAACAGAAGAUCAUUAAACGAGUGAUUGCACUUGAAGGAGACAUUAUCAAAACCAUUGGAUACAAAAAGAAGUAUGUGAAAGUUCCACAUGGUCAUAUUUGGGUAGAAGGGGAUCAUCAUGGACACAGCUUUGACAGCAAUGCUUUUGGCCCUGUUUCUCUUGGACUUCUGCAUGCUCGAGCUACUCAUAUUCUCUGGCCUCCACAACGCUGGCAGAAGUUACAGCCAGUGCUACCUCCAGAGCGCAAACCGCUGCACAGAGAGCAGGAGUGAGCUCAGUGUUCAGACAGGACACCACUGACAUGAAGUUUAACCAUCAAGAGUUGCAAUGGUUAUACCACCACCUGUAAGAGCUUUGCCAAGUGUGCUUUGAUAUCGGGUAUCAUAUCGUCAAAUAUGUGCAACAUAUUACAAUUCCAGCUUAAGUGUAAAGUUCUUCAGGGGUUUUUUGUUUGUUUGUUCUGUUGUUUGGUGUAUUUUAAAAAUCUCAAAAAUUAUAUGUUAAUUUGGUUUGAAAUAGCUGGUUGUAGAAGGAUUGAAUGUUCAUUUUUUUCUGGGAGCAGUAAAAUGCUUGAUUUAUGUCUGUGCCUGUGCUUCUCUGGAUAAGAAACUAUUAAAACCUUCAGUAAAAUAUUUUUAUGUUUUA